AUGCGGUUUCAGAACCUGGCGUUCGUCGCCGCAUUGCUUUACUCACAACAAUCCUGUGCCUUGUCCAACAUCACGUACUAUUCCGACGAUCUGUGUACCGACGUGGUAACUGAGAAGAAUGCACCCGACGAUGGCACUUGCACGCAAUUCCCUACGAUGUCCAGAAGUUAUGCCAGCUUUAGAGUAUCCAGUUUAGACCAAACUUGCAGUGUCACCAUCUAUGGGAACGACACAGCGUUUUGCAGCUCGACGAUAAACCUGAAGGUUGCUCCAUUCGGCGACUGUAUAACAGACAUGAGCGUCAACCAAUUCUCGGUGGACUGUCAAGAUUACUCCGUCGCCAUUUCCAGUCCACCUAAUAUCUUUGCCGGUGCCGACUCCACACCCGUUGAGGACUCAAAUGGUGGCGGUCUCUCCGGCGGCGCAAAGGCUGGAAUUGGAGUUGCAGCAGCUGCAUUUGUGAUUAUUCUCGUCGGUCUGAUCGUCUUCUUGGUCAUUCGCAACAAUCGUCGCAAGAGACAAAAUGUGGAUCAUGACGGUAUCGCCGAAGCCGACUCCACCCAAGCAGCAGCGCCUCCAUAUUCGGAGCUCCCGCCAGACAGCGAGAAGAAGAGGCCCGUCGAGCUACCGCCUCAACAGAUGAUCCCAGUCGAGGCGCCAGGCGAUCAUGCAUGGCCGACCCAGGAACUCGAGGCCGCGGUCGUAGAGUCCAAGAUCAUGGCAUUAACUCACCAGGCUUCACAUCUCAAGUCCUUGAACAGACGCCAGUCCGACUCGGAUAUCACUCCUGUGAAUGCGAGUGUCAACGGGGACUCUACGACGUCGAUGUCUAAUUCUUUCUCCCCAGUCAGCCCAGAGGACACGGCCACAAACACGAGCAGCAAACUGUGA